AUGGCAGCUCCAGCACGUAUACUGCCUCGCCUGGUGGCUAGAACAUCUUCCAAACAUGACCUUCGAUUUCGUGGGACCAGCGUCGCCAAAGCUCUACAGUCUCACCGUGCAUUCUCUACCACCACUCGCUUCUCCCACCCCUCAGCAGGCACCGCCACUCAACCCGAAUUCCCCAAGCUCACGACCCGCACAACCGCUGCACUACCGGAAUUCGACCUCACAAACCACACCAUCCUAGUAUCAGGCGCCGCUCGAGGUCUCGGCCUCUCCAUGGCCGAAGCUCUGCUCGAAGCCGGCGCCAAGGUCUACGCUCUCGAUCGCCUCCCAUCCGAUGCCCAAUCUCCAGACUUUGCCAAGAUCCAGGACCGCGCCUCCCGCCUACUCAACACAUCCCUACAUUAUCGGCAGAUUGACGUGCGCGACGCGCCCGCCCUCAACAAGACCAUCGCCGACAUUGCUGAGCAAGACGGCCGCCUCGACGGCCUGAUAGCCGCCGCGGGCAUCCAGCAGGAAACCCCCGCGCUGGAGUACACGGCUGAAGACGCUCUGCGAAUGAUGGACGUCAACGUCGUCGGCGCCUUCAUGACGGCCCAAGCCGUUGCCAAGCAAAUGGUACGUCUCAAGGCAGGCGGUGGCGGCACUAUGGCCUUCAUCGCCUCCAUGUCUGGCACUAUUGCUAACCGCGACCUACACUGCGCCGCCUACAACGCCAGCAAGGCUGCGGUCGUGCAGCUAGCACGCAACCUAGCCAGUGAAUGGGGUAGACACGGCAUCCGAGUCAACACCAUUUCGCCAGGCUACAUUGUUACGCAGAUGGUGGAGGACCUGUUCAAGACACACCCGGAGAGGCGAGAGGUGUGGGCGGGUCAGAACAUGUUGGGGCGCGUGAGUUUGCCGGAGGACUACCGGGCAGCAGCAGUGUUUUUGAUGGGCAAGGGGAGUCGGUUCAUGACAGCCACGGAUCUGCGAAUCGAUGGAGGCCAUAGUGCAUGGUAA